AUGGCCGACAACUUGAUCACCCAGGUGAGUGAGGACAGCUACAACCUUCCGGCAUCUCACUAUGACGACUCCAAGAGCAACAUAGACUACAACUCCAAGAUCCACUUGAACAUCCGCGGCACCGAAUUCACCAUCACCCGUGAUGAGUUGAUGAGCUUGCCAGAGAGCAUCUUGUUGUGCCUCUUCCCCAACGGGGUUUUUUUGGACAGCGAGGGCCAGGUCAUCACCAACUUGACGGAAGACGAUAUUGUCCACGUCAACUUCGAGCCUUCCUGCUUCAAAUACAUCAUGGACGUGUUUGGCGAGGCCCAGCGCGACCUCUUGGACAUGCCCAUAUUGUCUCCGCAAGAAUCCGUCACUUCUGGCCGUGCCCCACAAGAAAACGUAUUGCAGAACAAACCGGCAAUCAUAGUGUUGAGAGAGGACUUGGACUACUACGUGAUACCUCCCAACGCCGGGUUGGACGCAGACCAGAUAAGGCAGCUUAAGGUAGGCGUGGCUGAGACCUUGUUGAAGAAUAAACUCAUUUUCAGCGGCUUGGGCUACGACCCAUCCUUACCUUCGGCCCUGCAGAAGGUUGGCCCUGCGGAGCAGCACUUGUUCGACAUGUUGUGCUCGUCAGGGUUCAACCCCAAAGGUCUCUGGGGCAGUAGGUCCUUGGAGCCAUCCAAAUGUGUCAUCCUGUCAUUGCUGUUAGUGCGUCUCAACAACGGGUCUCCUUCCCCUCCAGAAUCUCCAUCAUUAGACCCAGUGAAGUCCAAUGCAUCGCAGCUGUCCAGAUCCAGAUCCAGAUCCCGUAUAGCGAACUUGGCCAAUAGUGCAUCUCGUGCUGCCUCAAGAUCUUUAUCCAAAGCCAGAAAGCAAGAUACCACGCAUACUAAGUUGCUCCUUUUUUGGAGAAAGCCGGCAAGAAAGUGCUGGUGGUCCAACCAGACUGCUGAAGUCCAACUCGAUGGUGCUUUAUUUAACUCUACGGAGAAGUCCAUGACGGUGAAGGUCCACAUUAGAAGAGUGUGGACAUUAGAACUCUCUGUCAUUGGCGUGCAAUAA